CCGCAGAGUAGAAGAAAGACCCAUACAAAGAGAGAAAAGUCAAUCAAUGGCGUUAGAAGCUCUUGCCGGAAUCACUAACGAUCUAAUCACCAGAUCAUGGAAGGCAUCGACCAGAGCUUACAACACCGACCACUUCCACAAAGAAGAAGAAAGGGAAACCGUCGUUGUCGCUUUUGCACCAUCUUUCUCGGAGAAAGAUUGGAUUGCUCCGGAGAACAAGUCUCCCUUUGGAGAAACCAAGAUGAAGCGUGCUCAGUUCCCUUGUAUGAGGAGCAUCGGCAACGACGUUGACGCCACUGUUAACGAAUCUUUCCUUAAGAAUUUUCAAGUUCUCACUUCUCCAACAACCUCAUUUUGUGAUUAUGUCAAAACGGUUGUGGACAGCCGACAAAGUCAACGAAUAGUGUUCACAGGACAUUCCACAGGAGGUGCUACUGCAAUCUUAGCAACAGUUUGGUAUUUGGAGACAUACUUCAAGAAGCCACGUGGUGGCUUCCCUCUCCCCGAGCCUCUUUGUAUGACAUUUGGAGCUCCUUUGGUCGGUGACUAUGUCUUCAAGCACGCCCUUGGGAGAGAGAACUGGAGCCGGUUCUUCGUCAACUUCGUCACAAGAUUCGAUAUUGUCCCUCGGAUAAUGCUUGCUAGAAAAGCAUCAACAAAGCAAGCUCUGCCUCGCGUUCUUUCACAGUUGGAUCCUAGAGUUGCUAUCCAAGAAAACGACCAGAGCAUUCCAGUGUUCUACACAACGGUGAUGAAAGAGACAGCAACUGUUGCUCACCAAGCUGUCUGUGAACUGAUUGGAUACGGAGAUGCGUUUCUGGAAACCUUUUCCAGCUUCCUUGACCUGAGUCCUUACAGACCAGCAGGCAUUUUUGUCUUCUCUACAGGAACAGGAUUGGUCUCAGUGAGCAACUCAGACGCCAUUCUUCAGAUUCUGUUUUACGCUUCUCAGUCCAGCAACCAGCACGAGCUGUCUUUAGUUCCAUUUCAAAGCAUAAAAGAUCAUCGUAGCUAUGAAGAAAUGGUACAUUCAAUGGCCAUGAAACCGUUGAACCAUCUGGAUUUGCAUCACUUGCCUUUAGAUGGAGAUCCUAUGCUCCGUGACCUCGGACUGAGCACAAGAGCGAGACAAUGCGUCUGUGCUGCAUUUGAGGCAGAGAAGCAACGAGUUGAUAACCAGACCAAGAUCUACAACAAACUGCCAAAAAUAGUAGAGAAGCUGGCGUGGAUAGAGGAUGAAUACAAGCCGAGGUGUAAAACUCAUAAAGUCGGGUACUAUGAUUCCUUCAAGUAUUCUAAUGAGGAGAAAGACUUCAAAGCCAACGUUAGUAGAGCUGAGUUAGCUGGUCUUUUUGACGAGGUGCUCGGUUUAGUGAAGAAAGGUCUACUUCCAGAUGGAUUUGAAGGUCACAAAGAGUGGAUCGAGUUAUCAACUCGCUACCGCAGAUUAAUCGAACCACUUGAUAUUUCAAACUACCACAGACACUUAAAGAAUGAAGACACUGGGCCUUAUAUGCUUAAAGGAAGACCAAACCGAUACAAACACGCUCAGAGAGGGUACGAGCAUGAACUAUUGAAGGCAGGAAAGAGUUCAGAGGAGAUAGAGGAAUCUGGUUGCGGAUCUUGCUUUUGGGCUGACGUUGAAGAACUCAAGGGAAAAGCAUAUGAAAGUGUUGAGGUUAAACGGUUUGAAAAGUUAGUUGAAGGGUGGAUCACAAACAGGGAGAUAGAUGAUGAGCAAAUAUUUCUGGACGGUUCAACAUUUAGAAAUUGGUGGCGUUCACUUCCCGAGGAACACAAACGCUCUUCUCUGCUGCGAGAACGUAUGGGUGAAACAAGAUCCACUUGAACCCGAAAGUUGUCAGAUUGUUCAACCAUUGUAACUUCCUUGUUUACAUUUGUGCAAUAAAGUGAUGUAAUAGCUCUCUGUUCUUAUGUUUUAGAGUUCGAUUUCCACAUCAGGAUGAUCUUAGAGAUAAGAAACAUGUCCUAAGAUCAUCGUGAAAUAAUGUAAUAGCCCUCUGUUCUAAUGUCAAAUUUGAUUUCUACUU